GUGUAUGUAUGUAUGGGUCUUGUCUUGUAUCAUUAUCAGUGUAGUAAACAGACACUACAUGCAUCUACUCUUGUUCAAAAACAAAAAAGAAAAAGAGUCAUUCUUGUUCAAACAAAAACACUACUCAGUUCCUGUUCUUCAGAAUCAAUCGAUCAUUCUCUUCUCUUGAGAAAAAAAGAAAGAAACAAAUACCUUGCUUUGUCCUCUUCUCAGCAUAGCAGCACCAGUUUCCCUUUAUAUAUAAAAUGAACCACCAUGCAUACGAAGAAGAAGCCGUUCAAAUCGCUGAUGAUGAAACAAAGCCGUUGCUUCCCAUUGAACUGGUUGAAGAAAUAUUUUGUAGACUUCCGGUGAAGCUCCUACUUCAGCUUCAAUGCAUGUGCAAGCGGUGGAAUUCUCUCAUCUCUGAUCCGGAUUUCGUCAAGAAGCAUCUUCGGAUGGCAAAGGCUUCUCAGAACCACCACCAUCUCUUCAUGCUUCAAAACAACGGUUUCACUUGUACCCAUAUAACUUCAGUUUUCAACACACUAUCACAAUCACAGACCCCACUCCCUUUGCCUCAUAAUUUGAAUACAGAUGAUUUCAGUAGAUGUUCCGGCGAUUGCAAUGGAAUCAUCUGUUUCACUAUUCGGGAUAGUUACCCUGUUCUGUGGAACCCUUCCACUAGACAAUAUAGUGUCAUUCCCCCUGUGGAAAAUUCGUUUCCUCCCCCUAUAAGAUAUAGUUUUGAUAAGUUUACACCACACACAAGAAGAAGAAUGAGCGUUCAAGCUAACUUUUAUAGCUUUGGGUAUGAUAAUACCACUCAUAAGUAUAAGAUUGUUGCUAUUUCUUUUAUCCGCAAACCCCCCACUCCUAAAACUAGUAUUUAUACCUUGGGGUCCGAUCCUACGGAUUGUUCCUGGAGGGCGAUCCAUGACUUUCCAAAACGUUGCAGUAACACACUUCCUAAAACGGGACUAUUUCUGAGUGGGACAGUUAAUUGGUUAGCUGGUGAGCUUUUUUCUCUUGAUCUAGCCACUGAGACAUACCAGAAGCUUUUGCUUCCUACUUCUAGAGGAAAGGGUAGUUUGACCUUGGGUGUCUUAAAGGAUUUCUUGUGCAUAUUUGAUUGCAAUGAUAGGGGUACAGAUAUAUGGAUGAUGAUGGAAUUCGGAAAUAAAGAGUCAUGGCAUAUAUUGUACACCAUUCCUUCCAUUGCAGUUCAGCAUUCCAUUGCCAAUGUUUUAUAUAUUUCAGAGGAUGAACAGUUUCUAAUGCAGCAUGAUGAUACGGGGCAAUGUCAGUUGGGAGUCUAUCAUUCCAGAAAUUAUACCUCUAACAUUCUCGAGCUUCAACAUAGAGCUUAUACGGAUCCAGUAGUCUACAUGGAAAGCUUGAUAUCACCUUGUUCGUUGGCCAUAGUGAAUUAUUUGUUGAAAAUGAAUAGUUGACAGUGCAUCUCUUAUGCUUAAAUAAACACAUACAUUGCUUGUAUUUUGAUGUUAAAAUAACAGCUCAUAUUUAUAGGCGUCCUUGUCAAUUGAAGUUUCAAGUCAAUGUCUGUGGUGCCCUGAUCUUAGCUGCAAUGGUGCACCUGUAAUUUCUUAAAACUUUAUACCAAGAAGAUUGUGGAGGACUGUUCUAGUUUGUGAAGCAGUUAUGUUUUUUUUAUUGUGUGCAUAGAAACAGAAGUAUUGGGCUUGGCCUUUAUUUCUUAUUUCAUAGUUUUUGACAAGUUUGGAGUGUAAGGGCUUAAUCGUCAAACGAUCUGUCCUUGAAUAGAAGAAAAAAAUAUCUAGGGUUUCAGGUUCUGUUCCUCUUAAUAUUACUACUCAUUUGGUAUACUUGUGUCAAUAUGCUGUUAAACCACUUGCUUGGCAUCAGAGAUUUGAUAUUCAAAUCACACAAUUCGAUGAUUCUGAAGAACCUCAGACCGAUGUUCGUCUUACGGAUUAUGAACCUCGAAUCAAAGCUAUUACUCAUAAACUAGCAAAUGCCAAUGGCAAGGUCAAUGCUUAUGAUUCUGUUCGUAUCGUUGAUGCUCAAUACCAUCACAAGUACUUUUGGCAGUUGUGUCUGGUUUACAUCCUGUUGUUCAACCUUUGUCAAACAAGAUCAUUAAGAAAAGUGAUAAUACAUGCAGCGUUUCUGCUUCUGCUGAUGUUCUUAGGAAAAGAAACUCUGGCUUUGAUAAUGUGCACAAAGCCAAAGUAACAAUUCCUAAUUUUCCACAUGAGGAUGUGGAUCCUGAAAAUAAAGCUUGUGAUAGGAAUGAAGGCUGUAUGCAAGACAGACUUGGCUCGCCAAGAUGUGAUCUUGAGAAAGAAAUGAUCAAAUUUCCUUCUGGUGAAUUAUGUAUGCCAACAUUGUCAUGGAUCAAUGGAGAUGGGACCAUCAAUAGUAUUGUUUUCAAGGGACUCAGAUGUCGUGUUCUUGGAAUAGUGAUGCAGAACCCGAGGAUGAUGGAGAGCUGUAAAACUCUUCUGGAGUUGAUGGUUCUGGAUAAACACCUAACUGUGAGGAAAAUGUGUCAAAGUAGAUUUGGUGGAGGCCCCUCCAUGCUACAGAAUCUUAUUGGAAGUAAAUCUUGUCAACAGAAGUGAAUUUGUGCAGAGAAUUUCUUUGCCAAUCCUAUGAGUACUUCCUUGUUGUAGGGAAUAUGUGGUAUUGGAUAUGUAAAAUAGAUAAUUCUCAUAUCAAGAUUCUUAUGAAGUCUAA